AUGGCGGCACCUCUCAACGUCCUAAUGAUUGGUACCGGCGAGUACACCACUGGCUUCGUCGGUACCGGUGGCUCAGCCUCGGACAAGAAGGUCGGUGUUGUCGGCCUCACCCUCUUUGACCUGCGCCGCCGCGGCAAGGUUAACAAGCUCGGCAUGGUUGGAGUCAACGGCACAAAGUUCCCCGCCAUCCGCCAGCACCUUGAUAAGAACAUCACCCAGGUCUACAAUGGCCUUGACAUCUCGUUUGACUCCUUCCCCGCCAAUGACCAAAAGGAUCCCGACGCCUACAAGGCCGCCAUCGACGGCCUCAAGCCCGGUGACGCCAUCACCAUCUUCACCCCGGACCCGACGCACUUCCCCAUCGCUUUGUACGCCAUCGAGCGUGGCGUGCACGUCCUCAUCACCAAGCCGGCCGUCAAGCUGCUCGACGACCACCAGGAGCUGAUCCGGCGCGCCGAGGCCAAGGGCGUUUACGUCUUUAUCGAGCACCACAAGCGCUUUGACCCGGCCUACUCUGACGCGCGCUUCAAGGCCAAGACGCUCGGCGACUUCAACUACUGGUACUCGUACAUGUCGCAGCCCAAGUACCAGCUCGAUACCUUCAAGGCCUGGGCCGGCCGCGAGUCGGACAUCUCCUACUACCUCAACAGCCACCACGUCGACAUCUGCGACUCCAUGGUGCAGGACCGCUACGUGCCCGUCAAGGUGUCGGCGUCGUCGUCCAAGGGCGUCGCCGUCGCCCGCGGCUGCGCCGACGAGACCGAGGACACCAUCUCGGUGCUCGUUACCUGGGCUAAGAAGGACGACCCGAGCAAGCGCGCCGUCGGCGUGUACACCGCGUCCUGGACGGCUCCGGAGCGCGCAGGCGUCCAUACCAACCAGUACUUCCACUACCUGGCCGCCGACGGCGAGAUCCGCGUGGACCAGGCGCACCGCGGCUACGACGUCGCCGACGACAGCGCCGGACAGCUGCAGUGGUUCAACCCCUUCUACAUGCGCUACGCGCCCGACGAGGACGGCAACUUCAACGGCCAGACGGGCUAUGGCUACAUCUCGAUUGAGAAGUUUGUUGACGGCUGCCGUGCCGUUAACGAGGGACGCCUGACGCCCGCGGACCUCGAUGCCAAGGGCCUGCCGACGCUGCGCAACACGAUUGCAACGACGGCGAUCCUGCAUGCCGGCCGCAAAAGUAUCGAUGAGGGCCGCGAGGUUGAGAUUGUGGUGGAGAAUGGUGUCUGGAAGCUGGUCUAA